AGUCUCUGAUGACCCGUGCUCAACGCUCGAUUGGUUGUCUGCAUUGCACUGCCAACACGGCCACACGAUGUCUUUCGUGGUCGACCAGAUCCGGCGCAUCGACGGCGCCCUUGACCGGCUGCAGCUCUCGUCCACGCGCGCGGGCGAGAGCUUCUCGACGCUGAGCGCCGCCGAGGCCCACGAUCCCGAGAAGACAGGCCGCAUCGCGCACCUGCAGAACCUCAUCAAGAGCUUGUCGACGACAGCGAGUGCCAAGUCAUCGCUCGUCCCCGGCGACAGGAUACUGGAAACGCUCGACCGCGCAGACUUCUCUCGCAGCUGCACAACGUGUGCGCAAUGGUUUGCACAGGACGACAGCGGCAGCAGCGGCGCGUCUGGAGAGGCCGCCAGCUACGAACACGAACUCGAGUGGCUGCUGCUCAGCAAGGCCACCACACAAGCAUACGGCGAGGUGCUGAACACGAUCCUGGGGCAAACGAUCCCGCUCGAAGACGACAUCUGGUACUGGGACGAUGUCCUGUCGACGUACCGCUUCGCCGGCCUCUACUCGGUACAGACAUCGCCACUCCGCGUCUGGAACUGGUCCAAGGAAAUAUACCACGACGUGAGGUCGCGGGGUGGAGAGACGGCCGACGGGUGGCGGCAGUUCUACAGCCUUGUCAAGCAGUCCGUGCAGGAGCGCAGCGUCGCCAACAUACAACGCAGGGUCAUCAGCCCGCUUGCACUGGUGCGGAACGAAGGCAGGAGAAAACGCGCGGCUCUGAGGAGGAUCCGCCUAGUCAACGCGAACGCGCUCGGGGUGUUACUGGGAGAAGGCCUGAGCAACGAGAACAUUCACGACGAAGGCUUCCAUUCGCCCCAUCCGUUCGGCACGCAUGACAACAAGCACAAGUGGAAGGCGGUCGUCACCAGGAGCAUCGCGCUGAUGGACGCUGUGAUCCAGACGGUCAACACGGCCGAGCUAUCUGUCGACAAAUUUGACGACUCCGUGGCCAGCAUCACGCAAGACGACCAGUACUACGAGCUCCACGGCGCCUCUGCCCACGAAGCUGCAAUAGCGCUCAAGCCAUCCGAUGUUGCCGAGCGUCUACGCUACCUCUUGCGCCAUGCCCUGCCUACCUACAAGACACACUUCACCGCCGUCGUCAGGGACAACGGGCGGCCGUCUCGUCUCGUCCGGUACUGGCUCCCCGCCACCAUGUUCCUUCUCUCUAGUACGACCAUCCUGCGCAUCGCCGUCAACCGCCAAGAGGAGAUUAAGACAUGGAUUCGCGAACUUGGGCAGACAGUCAUCGACUUCUGGACGAACUGGGUGGUUGAGCCAACGAAGAAGGUUAUCGGCACGAUUCGCCACGACGAAGACAGCGAGGUCUCGAUCAUGAGCAAGCGCAGCCUCGAGUCUGACCGCGCGAGCUUGGAGCGUAUGGUUGUCGAUUUUGCUAUCAAAAACCCCGAUGGCCCAGCCCUGAAUGAGUCGCAGAUCGCAGACAUCCGAGCCAAGGUCAGGGAGGGCGAUCUCACCACGGUGCUCAAGUCAUACGAGAAGGACAUCCAGAGCCCAGUGAAGGGCGCCAUCGUCGGCAACCUUGCAAGCGCGUUGCUGAUUCAGGUGCAGAAGACCAAGGUCGAUGUUGAGCUUGCUAUGAGUGGCAUUGACAGCAUUCUGAAGAGUCAGGAGCUUCUCUUCGGUUUCAUCGGUCUGACGCCCGGUGUGCUCGUAUCUAUCGGCGUCUACCGAUGGCUCAUGGGCGCCUUCAGCAGUCGCAAGGGUUUACAGCAAUGGGCGAAGCAGGGCCAGCUUUUGCUCAUCCUCAGAAACAUCGACCGGAUCCUGACAGCUGCGAGGCCAACUGAGUUUGGAGAGAUGUCCUACCAAGAUCACGGGUUGUUGUUGUGCGAGGUGCACCUCUUGCGACAGGCUGCGAGUGGUGUCCUACCCAGGCGCAUCUUUCACGAGUUCUUGGUGGAGAUCGAUGAGUUGGUGGAUGUGCGAAGCGGAUUAGAGAAGCAGCAGAAGGUAGUGGAGAGGAUACGCUGGGCGUACUCCAAGUGGUUCACCUGAGCCAGAUUUGGUGAACAAGAUGGACCAUGGAUCGACAUAUCUGAAGAAAUAUAUGCAAUCGUAAAUGUGGUAUGUCCACGUGAGUCAU